GAUGUCGCCACGAUCGAAUGUUGAUUAUUUAUUUUUUCAUGAGAUAUUGUAAUCUGUUGUUUGCUGAUAUAUUUCGAGUUGAUGAAAAGUAAAACAUAAAUCGAAUGAAAUACGAAAGUCCCAAGCAGGCAAACAAAAUGUCUGUGUCUGUUCAACAAAUUCUUGCUGAUGCCAAACGACUAGCUGGACGCCUGAAAGACCACGACUCCUCUGCAGAUUUGCUUCUGUCGCAAGCUCAGGCAAUGUUUUGUCAAGUGGAUGCCAUGAAAGAGUACCAAGAAGAAUUGGUUGAAUUGAACACAGCUGCUCAUCAAAGACCACAUUUGGAUCUCAUAGCCAAUAUUCAGCAAGAAAACCGACAAUUGAGAGCUUUAGAAAAUGAAAACAAGGAACUCAAGUCAGCUCUUGAAGAGCAUCAAAAUACUCUUGAGCUUAUAAUGAGUAAAUACAGACAACAAAUAAGCCGUCUACUUGAAGCAAGUCACACAGAAAAGAACUUGGUUCAUCUUCUCCCAGACACAAGAAAGGCUGAAGAACAGGCAGAGAAAAUCAAUGACAUGAUUGGGGUCAUGGAGACAGCUAUAAAGUUGGAUGACAGUUAUGUACAAAAGGAAAUUGAACUGUUUUCAAAAUUGACAACUGAAAAUCGGGGACUGAAAGAGCUUUUGGACAUAGCAAGUCAUAACGGAUCACUGAGAAACUCUCUUCUGGGUAUUAAAAGCGAGGAUAAAGAGAUCCAAGCUGAUGUUUCUUGUUUGAACCCUUGAUCUCCAGAAAAACAAAGGAAAAUCAAAUAGCGUUAAAAAACAAACAUACGAUAGAUUCGUUAAUUACGUUCGCAAUAUAUAAUUGAUUAUCUAUACCUUAAAAUCUGAAGAUUCUUCGUCACAUGAUACUUCUCCUCUAUACUUUGUCCUCUACGCUUUCCUGCACGAUGUUUCACUUUUAUCCCGUGUAUUAAUUAAAGUUUCAAAUAACUCCAUAAUUUUUUUUUUUUUUGUGUUCUAAAGGAAUAACUAGAUGUUGCUUGGCUAUAGGUUGAUUGCAAUAAACUCGUGUUUCAUGUC